UUCCGUAUGUUUCCGCCCGAAAAUAGUAUUUCCGGGUCAAACUUGUGUCGUCUGCUGCUCGAGGACGAAAAGUGUAACACCACCAAAAUCUACUGCUGUUCAGAAUGUUUCGAAAUGUUGUGUCAACAAGGGAAUUAUUGUCAGACAGUUUCAGCAAUGAACGACAGGAUUCGUGUGAGCUGUCAUUUGAUUCACAGCAGCAUUCUCAGCUUACCUAUUCUCAGCCAGAGUUCUCACAAGUCAGCACACAAGAUAUGUUUACUCAACAGUUGUCCUGUGGCUCACAGAAUGAGAUAAUGCAUGGUACCCAGAGCAGGAAACCCACUCUGUAUGAUAAGUGGAAAAACAAAGCUUCAUUCAAGCAGGUGCCUGCAAGCAAACAAAAUACCACCACUAGCACUGUGACAAGCAGACCUUUGCAGACAAAAUCUAAUUUGAGUAUUCAGCAGCUGCAAGUAAACAAAGCAAGGGCCAAGGAGAGAGAUGAAAGGGAUUUCCUACAACAAGUGGUGAACACUGUUCAAGACUGCUCCAAAGAGGUUAGACUGACUUUGAGUGCUGUAAGAGAAAAGUUAGAACAAACUGCAGAUCAGUCUGAAAAAGACCUGCAACAAGUUAUAACAUCAUUCUUGGAUGAACUGUGCAAACACCAAGAUAAGAUUCUAAAUGCUGUUCAGGAGAAAGACAGUAACUCAUGCAGGAUACAUGAUUUGGAAACGGAUCUAGCCGUGAGAGAUGCCAAGAUUCAAUCUUUGGAGAAGAUACUUGAUGACCAGGAGAAAGAUAAGCCAAAUAAGAUAGUGUGUGCCCUGCAAAAGGAAUUCCUAUCUCCCCAUCGAAAAGUUGAUGAGAAACUGUCAGAGCUGCUGGAGACAACUCGUGACAACCAUGAGCAGUACACUCAACAGAUCCAGGAGCAGAAACAGCAACUGGAGCAACAGCAAAAACUUUACUCUGACCUCAAGAAAGCUCAUCAGGCUCAGGCCAAAGAUUCAGAAAAAAGAUUGAUGACAGAAGUUUCCAACUUGCGCAAAGACAUCAGGAAAAAGGAGAGUAUUUGUCUGCAAGAUAUCCUGGAACAGUUGAAGACAGGACAAGAGCAACAGAUGGAAGAGCUGGAAAGUCACAUAUCCAGGCUUAUCGAUAGGCCAACAGAAGUCUCACAUCAUCCCAGAGAACAAGUAUUACAAAGGAAAGAGAUAAAGGAUCUUUUUAAGAAGCACUGGGAAUCAGUGGAGAGAUUUGUUGAAACUCAGUUUAAGAAACAGUUGAAACUACAAGAACAGCAGCUUGAGAAUGCAGUGGAAAACAUUAAAGAUGCAGAGUGUAGGCAUGAUCAGUUCAGUAGUUUCUUGUCUCUACCUCAGUUUGAGGAUAAGAUGGGUCAGUAUCAUGAAGAUUUUAAGAAGCAGGUGGAAAGUUUGCAUGAGAAUCAUGUAAAGGAGUUACAAAAACUGAGGAAUGCAGAACAUCAAAAACAGCAAGACCAUAAAACUACACAGUUCAGUGUGCAAAGAGAUGUUGGUAGAAGAUUUAGUUGGGAUAGAGUACCUGAUGCAAACAAAUAUGCUGGUUUGGAUAGACUGAGUACUAAUGAGGCCUGUGGCUUUCCAAAAUCCACUGUUGUGUUUGGAAGAUGUAAAGCGAAUGGAUCUUUACCAGUACGUGAAUCAGCAAUUGUAUCCCCACUAACGGCAAACUACAAGAAGCUAAAUUCCAGAUCUUUCUUUGCAAAAUCAACAUUCUCCCCAGUUGCCACUGUUCAGCCUCUAAGAAAUGAAACUGAAGCAGUUUCAAACCUGGUACAUACUGGAGAUCAACAAACAGAGGCUAUAGUAACUGAAACUGUGACACAUAUUGAAAAAAAGAAGACAAAUAAAAGGAAGAAAAAGAGGACAAAAUUUUCAAAAGCCAAGAAAUCCAAACCUGUUGGAUCUGAACACACACCAUCUUCUGAGCAGUUUGAAGGAAGAGUAUUGAGGCAGAGGAAUUCAGCGAAUAAUCAACAAUGUAAUAAAGGCAGGUCAAAAACGACUUUAUGCAGAGGAAAUGUUUCAGAGACAACACUAAGAUCAACCUCAACAUCAAAGACACUCAGAAGCCCUGCAGUCCCAUCUGUAAAUUCUUCAAACAAGAAUGCAUCAGUGUAUGAAUUUAGAGAUGAAGACAUUGGAGACAGAACUAGAAUGACAAACAAACCUUUCAUUGGCAGAAGGACACAGAGUUAUCAGUUCAGCUCUAGCAAACAUCAGCUGAUGACCAUGGACACAAGCCAAACUGUCACCUUUCCCAGACUGCUGACAUCCCCUUGCACAGACUCAACCGACAGCCGGGAGUCUUCUCCUUCGCUGUCUAUAACUGAAGUGGUGGUAAAGAGGAGAAUCAAGUGUGACAAGCAAACACCAGACAUGAACCUGCAUUUUAACACAGGUGGGUUUGAAACAUUUGCAAAGAAUCAGCAGCUACCUAUCUAUGAUAUACUCAGUACACCAACCAUCAAUGCUGACAGUAAUCACAACAACCCAACAUACUGGACAUAUCAACAUACUUUGAGAACAGAACCACCCAUGAGAAGAGCUGGAGAGAAGCGAAGACUUUGUGAUACCAACAUGAAUGACAAUGUUAUACAGAGUAUCCGUAAUCAACUAUGCUGAUAAGAAUGUUUCAGGAGUCUGCAACUUGAGACAAAAGACUGAAGACAGUUAUAGAAUGAAAAGUUUUUGUCACAGACUUGAUAUGAAGUAAAAAAUGCCCUGAUGCAUUAGCAGUGAUUCAUAGUAAACUUUGUAAGGGACCGAUCAUAAUGUAUUGCUAGUGGGGUGAUGAUGAUUUUUAUGGAGAAGCAUGCACAAUGUGAAUUAACCACCCUAAGAUUUAU